CGCGCGGUUCCACGCGCGACCGCGCCUCCCGCUCCACCUCUCCGAGCAGAUCCUCCCCUCCUCCCGGCCUACGGACGGUCCGGGUGCCAUGGCGAGGACGGAGUCCACCGGCGUCGCCGUCGGCUUCCGCGCGCCGCAGUUCGAACAUCAGCAUCAGAUCCAGUGGUUGUGCCCCAGUUCUUCGUCCGCCCCGCCUCACAAGAUCUUGGAGAACCCGGUCGUCAUCGCCUUCGGAAAGAGAGCUUGUUCGAUGGACGCAGGAAGCAGUUUCUGUGGUUUGAUGCCGUUAUUGAUGAAUUGUUGUUUAACCGAGCAGAUUCUGUGGUUUGAUGCCGAUCCGUAUCGCUUGUGCAUUCGAACCUCUGGUUUGCGAUUGUUUAGUUUCCCAUGGUCUAAACUGUGGGAAUUAUGUGUUGUGAUGUCAUGCGUAACACGUGUUGGACUACAGUGCAAUAUAUGAUUUGAUGAUGAUUCAGAUUGCUUGCUGAUAAAUCCAGCUACUGCCCAUAUGGCCACACGUUAAGAUGAUGCAGCUCGCAGGUUUUGGAAAUUUCCCCAUGGCCUAAACUGUGGGAAGCUUUCACAUGUACACGUUUAUUUCACUUUCUCGGCUGUUUUCAUGCAAUGCCAGAUGUAGACUAUCUGCUUUGCUGACAAAUGCGUAGGUGUAAUUUACUUGAAUGGAGCAGAUAAUCUUGUUGCCAAAAAAUAGAACAGAUUUAGUUUAGAGUUCAGGUGCAGACAUGGAUGGAAUGUAGGAUUAGUAAAGCUCAUAAGUAAUGCACAUUUGAGGUAAAUGUAAGGGAAUACCAAUUGCAUGUAUCUUUAUUAUUCCAUGUUUUCUAUAUUUAGAGUGGGUACUAGGUGGUAUGAAAAAUAUGGUUCAGGCAUGAGCUAACCAUUCUUCAGACCUAGACCUGGAAAGGAUAACCAGCCAUGACAGUUCAAUGCCUCCAUUUUACAUCAUCUGAACUGAAAAUAAAGCUGAUUAUAUUCUUCUAACUUCAAUGCUUCGAGAACUAUAUGAUUUUCCUUUGACAGAUUGUAUUCAAACAAGUGCUUUGUAGUUCUUCUAGCCUGAAUUAUGUGUCAUGCAGGAGCUAUCGUAAAUGACUUGAACAACAUGUACCAUUGUUACUUUAAAUCAUACUAUCUAAUCUGAUUGGCUGCAUUCUGAAUAAGUUCAAGCAUAGUUAUGGACAGUGCAGGUGCUAUAUAGAUGAAUUGAACUAAAUGGACUAAAGAUUAGGUAGUGCUACUGUGGUGCAUUUUAUUGAGAUUAGAUAAUGCUACUGUAGUGCAUUUUGUUCAGAUUAGAUAGUUCUACCAUAGGAAGCUGGAGGCUCUCCAGGAAAUGUGUCUAAUCUUUAUUUUCGUUUUGCAAAUCUGUACUUGGAGUUCUUGGGAAUUAUUUACUUGCCUAUAUGCAUGUUCUGAUGUUCAGUUUCACUAACAGGAAAAAAUCCAUCUAAGUGAACCUUUGAUCAGAAUAGCGACAGGGAAAUGCCAUCUGCUACUGGAGCAUCGGCGACCGCUGCUUCUUCCGCAACCCCGGCGGCCAUCGUGCGCCGCCGCCGGCAGCUGCCAGGGAACAACCGGCAAAGUCUAACCGGAACCGGCCUGGGCGGCGGAUGGCGAUGCGACGACGAGUGGACCACCGGAGCGACGCAGAGCUGGAGCGGCCAAUGUCCGUCGCCAACACCCGCACGACGGCCGACGUGCUGUGGCAGGACGGGACGCGGCAGCGUGGCGUGGCGUCGGCGUCCCUGCUCCUCUUCGUGCCGCGGAACGAGCACGAUUUUCUCCCGGGGCAGCAGGUUGUUCGUGUCCGCGGCGGGGAUGGCUCUGCCGCCGCCGGUGUCGUUAGAGGCCUCAGCUGCAGGGACCGGACCGUGAGCGUGUCAUGGCUGAAGCAGGAGGCGGCGAUGCCCAACUGUGGCGACGAGAUCUUGAGCGCAUAUGAUCUAGGCAUCGAUGGCAACUCCAGGGUCUUCUACGGGAAUGUUGUCGUUCGGCUACGAAACAGCAUGCACGAAGCUGUCGUGCAGGCUCAGAGCAACGACAGGAAGACGAUGGGUGACGACCUUUCAUGGGUCGGACAUGUCUCGGAUCUUUGUGAGGAUGGCCACGUCCUAGUCAAGUGGGGUAAUGACAAGACGACAAAGGUGUUGCCUCAUGAGAUAGCUGUUGUCAAACUACAAAUGGUUAGUGAGAUGCUCCGAGAGAUGGGGGAUUGGGUGUACGAUGACGGGGACAUCGGCGACGAUGCUGUCGACAAUAAUGCACAGGAGCAAACGGCCGUUCAAGAGCCCGCCGGCAUCGCUGACAACGGCGCCAACGGAGAAGGUGGUGACGACGAUUCCGACACCGAAGAUGGCCUCGUACCAUCGACGCGUUUGAAUUGGGGCGGCGACGGCUCUGAUAGGCAAGGGGCGGAUGAUUCGUUUCGUUUCCAGCAGUUUGACGUCAUGCAGAGCCCUCCGGAUCACCAUUACCUCGACGACACAGAGCAGGGUACCGGCGGUGGAAGGAGGUGGAUAAAGAGAGUGCACAAGGAAUGGAACAUUCUAGAGAACAGCUUACCUGACACCGUGUACGUGCGGGCGUACGAGGACCGCAUGGACCUGCUCCGGGUGGCGAUGGUGGGAGCGAGCGGGACGCCGUACCACGACGGCCUCUUCUUCUUCGACCUGCAGCUCCCGCCGUCGUACCCCGCCGCGCCGCCGUCGGUGAACUACCGGUCCUUCGGCCUCCGCGUGAACCCCAACCUGUAUCCCUCCGGCACCGUGUGCCUGAGCCUGCUCAACACAUUCGGCGGCCAAGGAGCCGAGCUCUGGUCCCCGGAGGUCUCCAGCGUCCUCCAGGUCGUCGUCUCCAUCCAGGGCCUCGUGCUCAACGCCCAGCCCUACUACAACGAGGCCGGCUACGAGGCCCAGGUCGGCACGCCGGAGGGUCGCCGCAACGAGCUCCCGUACAGUGAGAACACCUACCUGCUCAACCUGCAGACCAUGAUCCACCUUCUGCGCAGGCCGCCGGCGGGCUUCGAGGAUUUCGUCAGGAACCACUUCCUCCACCGCGCCCGUCACGUCCUGCUCGCGUGCAAGGCGUACCUAGAGGGCCGCCUCGUGGGCACGCUCGGUGGCGAGGCGCGCGCCGCAGAUCAGGGGAGGAGCUGCUCGGCGGGGUUCAGGCUCGCUCUCGCCAACGUGGUGCCCCGACUUGUGGAGGCGUUCGCCGCGAUCGGCGCCCAUGGAUGCGAGGAGUUCGAUCGGCCACUGCUCUGCACUUCGUCUGCUAGCGGCUAGUUAAAGCUCGCGUGCUUACUUUUACACAUCAUUAGAGUUACAAUUUUGAAAACAAGCUAGAGUUUAGUUCAUUUACAUGUUUGAUUGAAUUUGGACCGUACAUCAAUAUAUUUUUGGAUGUUAUAUUAAUAUUAUUUGAAAUGG